ACCUCCCCUUACUUUUUUCUACCUGGCAACACUUCCAUCGGUGUUUUCGCUAUAGAGCAUUUUAUCUGAAAAAGAACAUUUUUUUUGCAAUGGAAGGUGCAGUUAAACUCAAUAAUUCUAAUAACGCCUCGCCAUUGCCUCAACGCCAGCAGAGGGGCAAUCUAGCUAAUAAGAAUCUCGGCAAGCAUACUGCCCCGAAGCAAAACGCCGCCGCCGAUGGUAAUCCUGUUGAAAAAAAACCACGAUUUGGUCCGCCGAACACCCAGAAUGGCGGAGGAGUUGGUGGUGGUGGUGGCGGUGGCGGUGGUGGCCGCGGCGGAUUCACAGGGAAUCGCAACCGUGGAGGCAACCAGAACCGGCAGAGUUUCCAGGGUGCAAAUAAUGCUAAUCAGAAGCAGACUAAUGAAUCGCCGAAGCCGGCUGCGGGCAAUGUACCCGCAAAGAACAAUGAACCUGCAGCCGCCAAUCCAAGUCAGCCGAUUCAAAAUGCCAGCCAAGGUUCGGGAAAUCAAGGAGGCCAGGGAAACCAAGGAGGACAGGGCAACCAAGGCGGACAGGGCUUCAGAGGUCGCGGUCAGAACCAGCCGAACCAGAAUACUGGCCAGGGAAAUCAAGGAGGCCAGGGCGAUCAAGGAGGUCCGGGUCCCGGCAAUCAGGGAGGCCAAGGUAACCAAGGAGGUCCCGGAAAUCAAGGUGGGCAAGGCUUCAGAGGACGUGGUGGCGGCCAGAACCAGCCGAACCAGAAUGCUAGCCAGGUAAAUCAAGGCGAUCAAGGAGGACCAGGCAAUCAGGGAGGACAGGGCUUCAGAGGACGCGGCGGUGCCCAGAACCAAAAUGCUAACCAGGGACAAGGACAAGGCCAAGGAAAUCAAAGAGACCAAGGAGGACUGGGCAACCAAGGAGGCCUAGGCAAUCAAGGAAACCAAGGAGGGCAAGGCUUUAGAGGACGCGGCGGUGGUGCAGGCGGAGGCCACAACCAAACUGGCGGCGGCGGUGGAGGAGGAGGAGGUGGUGGUGGUCAGCAGCAACGUGGCAACCGCGGCAACCGCCCUGGAGGACAAGGAGGCAUGAACAAUACCAUGAUGGGCGGCGGCGGUGGAGGGCAACGCGGCGGCGAAGACUUCUUCAUUGCCCAACGCCUCCGCAGCAUUGGUGGGCCCACCCAUGAACUGCAGCCCGUUGAGGUGCCCACCGAGACCAAGUUUUCUGGCCGCAACCGUCUGUACGUGGGCAACCUGACUGGGGACAUCACCGACGAUGAGCUGCGCGAAAUGUUCAAGCCGUACGGCGAGAUCGGGGAGAUCUUCUCGAACCUGGAGAAGAACUUUACAUUCCUGAAGGUCGACUACCAUCCUAAUGCCGAAAAGGCCAAGCGCGCCUUAGAUGGCUCGAUGCGCAAGGGACGCCAGUUGCGCGUCCGCUUUGCUCCGAAUGCCACCAUUCUGCGCGUGAGCAAUCUCAACCAGUUCGUGUCCAACGAGCUGCUGUACCAGUCCUUCGAGAUCUUCGGACCCAUCGAGCGGGCCAGCAUUGUCGUGGACGACCGCGGCAAGCAUACCGGCGAGGGCGUAGUGGAGUUCGCCAAGAAGUCCUCUGCCAGCGCCUGCUUGCGCCUUUGCAAUGAAAAAUGCUUUUUCCUGACUUCUUCGUUGCGUCCGUGCCUGGUGGAGCCGAUGGAGGUGAACGACGACAAUGACGGCCUGCCGGAGAAGGCGUUAAACAAGAAAAUGCCGGACUUCUGCCAGGAGCGCAGCAUCGGGCCGCGAUUCGCCGACAUUAAUUCUUUCGAGCACGAGUAUGGAUCGCGCUGGAAGCAGUUGCACGGCCUGUUCAAGAGCAAACAGGACGCCCUCAAGCGUGAGCUGAAAAUGGAGGAGGACAAGCUGGAGGCCCAGAUGGAGUAUGCUCGCUAUGAACAGGAAACCGAACUGUUGCGUCAGGAGUUGAGGAAGCGUGAGGUGGACAACGAGCGCAAGAAAAUGGAGUGGGAGAUGCGCGAGAAGCAGGCCGAGGAGAUGCGCAAGCGCGACGAGGAGACUAUGCGACGGCACCAGGGCGAGAUCCAGAACCACAUGAUUCGCCAGGAGGAGGAGAUGCUUAGGCAGGCACAGCACCUCAACUCGCAGCUCAACUCGCUGAUCGAUCAGCAAGAGGGAUUCGGAGGCGGCAGCAACUCCGGCUUUGACAAUUUCGGGCCAGACUCACCAUUUGAAGUUUUUAGAAACAAUAACAGCAACAAUUCCACAAUGGUUGGAAACAAUUCUGGACCUGGAGGACAGGAUAAGCUGGACGCCUUCGAAUUCGGAGCAGGCGGAAAUCAACGCGGCAAUAAUGCCGGCGGAAAUAAUGCCCCAUGGGGACGCCGACGCUUUUAGACCCUAAAGACACUAUACGUAAUGAUAAAUCAUAACGUAAUCUUAUUGGUUACGCUCCACAUUUGACUUUUUGCUCGGUUUCGAGUAAACAACAUGAAAUAAUACAAAGGGAUCGUGUGAGCGAUCCAUCCACAUUUAUAAUAUCAUUUGAAUUAAUAUUUUAAAAUAUGUAUUCGCCUAUCGGUCUCAACAAGAAAUCCACCAUGAAGUAAAAAUAAGGAACGGACAAAAACCUUAAGAAAUAAACAAUCCAAACGCAAAAUGGCAUGCUAACAUAUUGUGCAGUAUUGCAAAGAAAAACAAAAUUUCCAAUCAUCUUUUAACCAUUACCUACAUCAAUUUAAUCAUAACGAUAAUUUUAGAUAUAUGUAGUAACUAUCUCCAGUAACAUGAUUACUUUUUGUCUAUCAUUCAAAUUAAAUAUAUGAAGAUAUGACUGAAA